AUGUCGGAAAUCGUGUGGUUUAAGUACGGGGAUGUGAGAGGUUGCAGUGACAUAGCUGCAUAUGGAGCGACCGGCGAUAUCAACACCACACUACCAGACGAAGCGACACGUGACCUUAGGCGCGCCUACUACAGCGCGGUGUCCUACAUCGAUGACAUUGUGGGACAGCUGGUAGACAAGACUGUUGAACUCGGUAUUGACCAAGACACUGUCAUAGUCUUCUUAGGAGACCACGGCCUCGCAUUGGGCGAGCUCGGGCUAUGGGGCAAAAACACGAACUUUGAAGUCGCCACGCAUGCGCCCUUGUUGAUUCAUGUUCCCGGUCAGACAGACGCUGGCAUUGUCUCCGUGGUGGAGUUUGUCGACGUUUUUCCGACGGUGGUUGAAGCGGCCGGACUCGCGACCGUUGAACGCUGCGAGGAUGGAAGUUCGGAAUCCACCCCUCUGUGUCACGAGGGGACCAGUCUCAUGCCUCUGGUGAGCGCCCCGGAAACCAAGCUUAAGCUGAGCGCCUUUUCCCAGUAUCCUCGCCAAACGGAUAUCAUGGGGUACUCUAUUCGCACGGACCAGUUCCGGUACACAGAGUGGGUCCAGUUCGACAACACGACGAACACACCCGAUUGGACCGUGAACUCGGGUACCGAGCUUUAUGACCACGACAUUGACCCGGAAGAGAACUACAACGUACACGGGGACUCGAGCUAUGCGGGGGCGGAAGAAAUUCUUCAAACGUUUCUUCAUAAAGGGUGGCGGGAUUCCAUUAUUCUUUAUUGUGACACAGAGCACAAGGGAUUUACAUUUGAUGCAUUUUGGUUUCAUUUCUUGCAUCAUAUACAUGCAUAA